UAUAGUUUGAUAUGAGCAUAAAGAUCGCGAGAGAUCGUGCUCGUUAUCCAGAGUUUCUUAUUUUCCCCGCAUGAGGUCAUCAAAAUCAGUUCGGAUUUGGAUGGUCUUCGGUUAACCUUAACCUUAACCUAUAAAAUGUUUGACAGUUAUGUGCAAUGACGUGAGCUGUAUGCAAAAUUUGGCAGCCUACAUAAUGUUAAUAGACAUUUCUUCAGAAAGCAGAUUUUGAUUCGUCGUGUUUAUCAAAUGGUUUCAUGAUUAAUAAAUGAAAAAUAAAUCGAUAUCUAAUAACGUAUUUAUACUGUUUACAUUGAUGGCAUAACAAUGUCGAAUCCAGAUAAGAAAUCUAACGAACCAUAUCAUCAAUUAGAGGAAUUACAUGGUGCUGACUUAAAUGUUUCUGCUCAGAGCACAUCAAAUUUGCACAUGAGCUUUGAAAAUGGUACUGAACGAUCAAUGGAACUAUCUUCUGUUGUGGUUAUACCGGAUGAUACAUUCACUGUUGUACAAGCUAUCAAUGCCUUAGGCUUUGGAAAAUUUCAAGUGAAAUUAUCUUUAUUUACUGGUCUAUGUUGGAUGGUGGAUAGUAUGGAGAUUACAAUAUUGAGUAUCCUAAGUCCAUCUUUACAUUGCGACUGGGGCAUUUCUAGAUAUCAGCAAGCAUUGACUACAACAGUAGUCUUUCUUGGUAUGAUGCUAAGCUCUACUUUCUGGAAUAACUUGAGUGAAAGAUAUGGUCGUAAACAAGCUUUAACUUUGUGUGCAGUAUUAUUGUCUUAUUAUGCAUUUUUAAGUUCAUUUGCACCAAACUUUUUGUGGAUGCUGUUACUUAGAGGAGUUGUAGGAUUUGCUAUUGGUUGUGUGCCACAAUCGGUAACAUUAUAUGCAGAGUUUCUGCCAGCAAAACAACGAGCAAGAUGCGUUAUUCUACUGGAUUGUUUUUGGGCACUUGGAGCUUGCUUUGAGGUGGCAAUUGCGUUGAUCGUAAUGCCCAAUUUUGGAUGGAAAUGGCUUCUUAUAUUAUCAUCCAUUCCACUAUUUAUAUUUGCUGUAAUAACACCGUGGCUUCCAGAAUCUACAAUAUUUGAUAUGACAACUGGAAGAAUGGAUCGUGCAAUUUCGACAUUAGAACGCGUAGCUAAAGAAAAUAAAAAAUCAUUACCUCUAGGAAGAUUAGUUAUGGAUCGAUUUUAUCAAGGUCAUCAUGGUUGUCUCAAAGAUGUUCUAAGUAAAGAAAUGUGCAAAACAUCUACUUUGCUUUGGCUUGUAUGGAUGAGUACAGCGUUUUGUUAUUACGGAGUGGUAUUAAUGACUACUGAACUUUUUCAUACAUCCUCGGAACAGUGUGGUACAUGGGAUGCCAACAAGAAUGAGGGUACAUGUCAGCUUGAUUGUCGAUUACGACGUAGUGACUACAUUGAUCUACUUUGGACAACGUUAGCAGAGUUCCCCGGUAUUUUCUCUACCGUUUUUGCGAUCGAGAAAAUAGGCAGACGAAAGACAAUGGCGUGCCAGUUAGUGAUGUUCGCUAUUGUAAUUUGUUUCUUGGGCAGAACAUGUUUAUUAAGUAGAGCAUCGUUGACUAUCGCCAUUUUUCUAGCAAGAGGUUUAAUCGCCGGUGUAUUUCAAGCUGCGUAUGUGUACACACCGGAAGUGUAUCCCACGCAUUUACGAAGCAUAGGUGUAAGCGCUUGCAGUGCAAUGGCACGAAUCGGUGCUAUGGUCACUCCGUACAUAGCACAAGUAUUUUUACAAUGGUCCAUCACGGGAGCUAUGGCCAUUUAUGCAACAACCGCAUUAUGCGCUGCAAUUGCUACACUUGCGCUUCCCGUUGAAACAAAGAAUCAGCAAUCAAAUGAAGCAAGUCAAGAAAAUAGAUAGACAUUUUUAUAAUGUAAUAUUUUAGCAGAUUGACUGAAAAUAACUACUUUAUCUUAUGUUAUUUAAAAUAUUUUUAAUUAAAUUACAAUAUAUAAUAAUAGAUAUACAUA